AUGGAAGCUCAGAUUAUUCCUACCCAACACUCACUCGUCGAUGAGCAGGGCAUUACUCGCUCCGUUCUUCCUAGUCAAUCAAACACCUUAGAUGAUCCCAAGCGAGCGAUAACUCCAGCCGAAAUCAUGGUGGAAAAGGAGAUACAACCGGUAUCACCUGGAAGUUAUGACCAAAGUAUUCUGACUUUGAGGGCACGAUAUCAAUCGUGUCUGAGCAACAUUCAGGAGGAGAUUCAAAUGCAGCUUCUGGAACAAGAUAUAGCUUCCGGAAACCUUGAACUCCACCGAUGUGCAUCGGCGAUCAAUACGGCGACAGAAGAAAUUCAAAGUUUUCAGAAAGCACGAAAAGCGUUGGCAAGAUUGAUCAGUUCAAAUAAGCCAAAAAUAAACACUCAAGAAGAGAGAAUCCAACGGAAUCUGGAGUCUUGGACUGUUUCCUACGAUCCAGUCCAUGCCAUAAACCAUUGCAAUGAGGCAAUUGAGCUUAUCAAGAGCAAAGAGGCAUUUUUUCAUGAUAUGAUAGAAUCUUCCCGACUUCUCCUUGAGAUCAGGGACAGGAAAGCCAAAAUCAAAGCGGAACAAGAAAAAAUGGAUGUGGUGAAAGCUGAAAUGGCUAAUACCCAAAACUCAAUUCUGCUGGACACCAAAUCAAAAGUGUUACCAAUAGAGGUCGUAUCCGCUGACGGCAUGAGAAAUCUGAUCGAGUGCGCAAUCAGCGUGCUUCUCCACAAAGUUGUGGCGAUGAUGAGUUUGGCAGAUGACCUGCCUCAAGCAGAACCGCCGACAUCUUGCACGGAGAGCAAUGCACAAAGAGGUUCAAGGUCGCUCGACAGUCUGAGAUAUGACUUUUUCAAAAAGCACAUGGAGCAUAGUUACUUUGAAGCGCAAAGGGUCUCGGCAGAACACGAGACCAAGGUUUUAUCACUCAAACGCCAGCUUAAAGAUUCUCGCCAAGAGAUGCAUGACAAACUUGCAGAGCAAGGAGCUGAAUUUGAAAGAAUAGAAAUAAAAUACAAAGAACUUCUCGGCGAUGCUAAGAUGCUUCUGCAGAACCGAGACCAUCUUCUCACUCGUUCGCAGGAGGAAUUUGCGAUCUUAAAAAACCGCGUUGAUGAAUUAAAACCACUCUUUCACAUCGGGUACAAGGUAAGAGCAGCAAGAAUUGAGAGACAACGCGCGGAAAAUAAUCAGGUUGGCCCGGAGCUGAAGAUCAUCGAGGCAGGCAGCAAAGCCUGCUACGCCGCCGAUGUAAUCGCAGACUCUCUCAUAUUUGUGAAUCGGUCGAACGUUCCAUGCGAACAAAUCGACGAAGAAUUUUCAAGUCUGUAUUGUGGAUUUACGCCUCAUUACAUCCGAAAAAUGGACCACAAAAGUCAAAGCAUGUUGAUAGAUGUCACGAACUGGUGGUCUGACAUCAACGUCUGGUACCACCCUGGCACCAAAUCAUAUAACGACUUCAAUCAGACGAGAAUUUCGUUCGCCAAUGGACUCAGCUGUUACUACGCCGCGCUUCAAAAUGACAAGUCGAUAAGAGAAGACACGAAGUUACUCGCCGCGUACAGAUUGUUGAAAAGAAAACAUGAACAUGCGAGUACGAUGUCGAAAAGAACUCAAGCAGAGAUUGGAAACGUUGUGAAAAUUGGUAAAAAGCAAGACCAAAAAGACUGGAAAAGCCUGCAUGAAGGCGACAGAAAACUGUUAGAAACAGCGUUCUAUAACGGUGAAGAUGAUGAAGUAGAAGAGAUUGGCGAUGACAACUUGGAUCUCUUUAAGCUUUGA